CCAAAUCCCACCCCAGCCUUGUUCGUCGCUAUGUCACUCGAGCUCACGUUGGAUCCUACCGAGCAGGUCCGCUUCCUAAACAGGGUCAGCCGUUUGGUGCGUCGGCUGGCUAAGAAAACCCAUUUCACAACCAAGGAGGUUGAAGUGUGUCUGUUGAUCUACUACAAGCUACUCAAGGACGAUGAAACCAAUCAGCAGUACAUAUCCAGGGUCCAGUUCGGGAUGGUGUUCGAUAUGGUGUUUGGUAUUUCGGACAGCGUAAUCGUGGGUCGGAUAUACACAGCGCUGGAUAAGGGUGCCACCACGCACGUCACCAUGGAGACCUGGGUUCAGACGUUAUCGCUGUUUCUGAGGGGAACUCUCGAGGAGAAGAUCAAGCAUUGCUACAAAGUGUACGAUAUCGUCGGCGAGAAAAUGAUCCGACGGGAGCACAUGAUGGUUCUGCUGAAGGAUUGCUUCAUAAAACAUCACGAAGAGGAAAUCGAAGAAACCAUCAAAGAUAUGAUCGACAUUAUCCUGCGGCGGAUGGAUGUCGAUCGAGAUGGGGCAAUCUCUUUCGACGACUAUCGACAAACGGUGUACAAAUAUCCGGAACUGAUGGAAUGCUUUGGACAGGCACUCCCCGAUCGGUCUCAUGUGUAUGCUUUCUCGCGAACAUUUCUGGAACGGGUUGCGGAAUUUUAGAUGUCAUUUUUUCGGAAUAAGCUAUUUGUGUGAUUGAUCUUUUUCAUUUAUUGA